GGGCGUAAAACUCCUGUUUUACGUGUGCUUACAGAGCCCACGUUCGAGAAGGCUGGUUUCCAGCCCGGCCGCUGAUGAGUGGGCCUGGUGGGCUCUGAUCCCAGCGAGAUCGAGCUGCACGGUUUGCUGCUGGGUGCUCACCCCCAGGAGGUGCUGCGGGGUUGGGCCCAGAGAUGGGAUGUGGCGCCUCCGUGGGGCGCGCAGAGGAAGCCAGGGCCUCCCCGAGCCGCUGCUGUGACAGCCAGUGAGCGAGCAGCUGGAGGAUGUCCACCACGACGACGGUCGCCCCCGCGGGGAUCCCGGCGGCCCCGGGCCCCGUGAACCCGCCCCCACCGGAGGUCUCCAACCCCGCAAAGCCCGGCCGCAAGACCAACCAGCUGCAGUACAUGCAGAACGUGGUGGUGAAGACGCUCUGGAAACACCAGUUCGCCUGGCCCUUCUACCAGCCGGUGGACGCCAUCAAGCUGAACCUGCCUGAUUAUCAUAAGAUAAUAAAAAACCCGAUGGACAUGGGGACUAUUAAGAAGAGGCUAGAGAGUAAUUACUAUUGGAGUGCGAGUGAGUGCAUGCAGGACUUCAACACCAUGUUCACAAACUGCUACAUUUACAACAAGCCCACAGAUGACAUAGUGCUAAUGGCCCAAGCCUUAGAGAAAAUUUUUCUGCAGAAAGUGGCCCAGAUGCCCCAGGAGGAAGUGGAAUUACUACCCCCUGCUCCAAAGGGCAAAGGCCGGAAGCCAGCUUCGGGAGCCCAGAGCGCAGGUUCACAGCAGGUGGCGGCCGUGUCCUCUGUGUCCCCAGCCGCUCCCUUCCAGAGCGUCCCCCCUGCUGUCUCCCAGACGCCUGUCAUUGCUGCCACCCCUGUGCCAACCAUCACCGCGAAUGUCACAUCGGUCCCCGUGCCCCCGGCUGCUGCCCCGCCGCCCCCCGCGACGCCCAUCAUCCCCGUCGUCCCUCCCACGCCUCCCGUGGUCAAGAAGAAGGGCGUGAAGCGGAAAGCGGACACCACCACGCCCACAACGUCGGCCAUCACCGCCAGCCGCAGCGAGUCGCCCCCACCGCUGUCGGACCCUAAGCAGGCCAAGGUGGUUGCACGGCGGGAGAGCGGGGGCCGCCCCAUCAAGCCACCCAAGAAGGACCUGGAGGACGGCGAGGUGCCCCAGCACGCGGGCAAGAGGGGCCGGCUCUCGGAGCACCUGCGGCACUGCGACAGCAUCCUCAAGGAGAUGCUGUCCAAGAAGCACGCGGCCUACGCCUGGCCCUUCUACAAGCCAGUGGACGCCGAGGCCCUGGAGCUGCACGACUACCACGACAUCAUCAAGCACCCAAUGGACCUGAGCACCGUCAAGAGGAAGAUGGACGGCCGCGAGUACCCGGACGCGCAGGGCUUCGCAGCCGACAUCCGGCUCAUGUUCUCCAACUGUUACAAGUACAACCCCCCAGACCACGAGGUGGUGGCCAUGGCCAGGAAGCUGCAGGAUGUGUUUGAGAUGCGGUUUGCCAAGAUGCCUGAUGAGCCGGUGGAGGCGCCCGCACUGCCCGCCCCCGCGGCCCCUGUGGUCAGCAAGGGCACCGAGAGCAGCCGCAGCAGCGAGGAGAGCUCGUCGGACUCAGGCAGCUCAGACUCGGAGGAGGAGCGGGCCACCAGGCUGGCGGAGCUGCAGGAGCAGCUGAAGGCCGUGCACGAGCAGCUGGCCGCCCUGUCUCAGGCCCCGGUGAGCAAGCCAAAGAGGAGGAAGGAGAAGAAGGAGAAGAAGAGGAAGGACAAGGACAGGGACAAGGACAAGGACAGGCACAAGGCCAGGCCCGAGGAGGAGAGGAAGGCCAAGGCCGCCCCGCCUGCCAGGCAGCCCCCGCAGAGGAGGGCGCCCGCCAAGAGGGCCAGCAGCACGACGGCGGCCGGCAGACAGCCGAAGAAGGGCGGCAGGCAGGCGUCGGCCUCCUACGACUCGGAGGAGGAAGAGGAGGGGCUGCCCAUGAGCUACGACGAGAAGCGGCAGCUCAGCCUGGACAUCAACCGGCUGCCGGGGGAGAAGCUGGGCCGCGUGGUGCACAUCAUCCAGUCCCGGGAGCCCUCGCUCAGGGACUCCAACCCCGACGAGAUAGAGAUUGACUUUGAGACUCUGAAACCCACUACUUUGCGGGAGCUAGAGAGAUACGUCAAGUCUUGUUUACAGAAAAAGCAGAGGAAGCCAUUCUCGACCAGCGGGAAGAAGCAGGCGGCCAAGUCGAAGGAGGAGCUGGCUCAGGAAAAGAAGAAGGAGCUGGAGAGGCGGCUGCAGGACGUCAGCGGGCAGCUGAGCAACAGCAAGAAGCCCGCCAAGAGAGAGAAGCCCGGCCCUGUCGGGCUCAAGUUGAAGGACAGCAGAGAUGCUGACAAGGCCUGUCUACUGGGGAGUUCCACUGACUCUGUAGAUGCACCAGGCCAUCCUCUUCAGCUCCGGGAGGCACUGAAGGACAUGUGA